UACCUUUAGCUGCUGUUAGGACUUAGGACCCCUCUGCGAUAGUUCCUCUUCACAGCCGGCCGCCGGGUUUAAAGGUGAGUUUCCUUUCUAUACAAAGCUUAAAUCUUUUGGUUUCGAUGUAAGUGAGCUUUGCCUCGGCAGUUUCUAUCACUUCCGUUCUGCAAUUGAUGAAUUUAUGUUGGCUAGGAUUGAAUUCGGGGAGAAAUCUGUAGUUUAUUGGGUCCAAAUUAAGAUGUUCGAUUUGAUGUGUUCAUCGUGAAAGUACUUGGUUAGUUGGUUUUGGUUUAUCUUAACCUUCAUUUCCAUUCCAUCUCGCUGUGAUUUAGGAGGUUGUAGCUUUGUCUCAUCAGUAGGUGCAAAGUAAACAGCUUGCUUUGAUUUCUGGAGUGGAAAUAUUGGUUGAUUUUUCUUGUUUGUUUGAAUUUUUGUUAUCUAGUAGAGUUCAUGUUGGAUGCUCGUACUUUUGAUUUGCUCUCUGUAUUGUGUAUCCAUGAUGUUUGUCAUGGCAGUUCUGUUUGUACAUUUUGUAGCUUGGGUGUAAGUGCUCGUUUUCGUUUGCUUAAGCGAUAUGCUGAUUAUCUGAUUAUGUUAACCUGGUUGGCGUGAUGCAGAUAAAUUAAUAAGAUGGUUGAAUACAAUUUCAAGAAGAUAACUGUCGUCCCAAAUGGGAAGGCCUUCAUCGACAUCAUUCUGUCUCGAACGCAACGGACUACACCAACAGUUGUCCACAAGGGAUAUGCUAUCUCCCGCCUUCGCCAGUUCUACAUGCGCAAGGUCAAGUACACCCAAUCAAAUUUUCAUGACAAGCUCCAGAAAAUUAUCGACGAUUUCCCUCGGCUGGGUGAUAUCCAUCCUUUCUAUGGUGACCUUCUCCAUGUCCUGUACAACAAGGAUCAUUACAAGCUUGCCCUUGGCCAGGUCAACACAGCCAAAAACCUCAUCAGCAAGAUAUCCCAGGACUAUGUCAAGCUCUUGAAAUAUGGUGACUCGCUUUACAGGUGCAAGUCGUUGAAAGUUGCUGCACUUGGACGCAUGUGCACUGUGAUCAAGAGAAUCGGGCCAAGCUUGGCUUACCUCGAACAGGUCCGGCAGCAUAUGGCGAGGCUUCCUUCAAUUGACCCAAAUAACCGAACCAUCUUGAUUUGUGGGUACCCUAAUGUCGGCAAGAGCUCAUUCAUGAACAAGAUCACUAGGGCUGAUGUGGAUGUCCAGGCAUAUGCUUUCACCACCAAGUCGCUCUUUGUGGGUCAUACCGACUACAAGUAUUUGAGAUACCAGGUGAUUGAUACACCUGGGAUCUUGGACAGGCCGUUUGAGGAUAGAAACAUCAUCGAGAUGUGCAGCAUUACAGCUCUAGCUCAUCUCCGAGCUGCUAUCUUGUUUUUCUUGGACCUCUCAGGUUCAUGUGGCUAUAGCAUUGCGCAACAGGCAGCAUUAUUCCACAGCAUCAAGGAGUUAUUCUCGAACAAGCCUUUGAUCAUUGUCUGCAACAAAACUGAUUUGCAGCCACUGGAAGGGUUGAAUGAAGGGGACAAGAAGCUUGUGAUGGAGAUGAAAUCUGAAGCAUCAAAGAGUCAAGGAGGUGAAGCUGCUUCUGCAGAUGAUUUCCUUCUGACCAUGAGCACAUUGACCGAGGAAGGCGUGAUGGCUGUGAAGAAUGCAGCUUGUGAGAGGCUGCUAGAUCAGCGAGUCGAAAAGAAAAUGAAAUCCAAGAAGAUGAAUGACUGCUUGAAUCGCUUCCAUGUUGCAAUGCCAAAGCCACGUGACCAAAAGGAAAGACCUGCUUGUAUCCCCCAGGCUGUUUUGGAAGCCAAAGCUUUGGAGGCAGCUCAGAAGGAGGGAAGAAAAACUGAGAAGGAUAUUGAAAACGAGAAUGGUGGUGCAGGUGUUUACUCGGCUAGCUUGAGGAAGCACCACAUAUUGGCGAAUGAGGAAUGGAAGGAAGACAUAUUGCCGGAGUUCCUCGACGGCCAUAAUGUGUAUGACUUUGUCGACCCCGAUAUCCUGCUGAGGCUCGAGGAGUUGGAACGUGAAGAAGGGGUUCGGCAAGCUGAAGCAGAAGAUGGUGAUGAAGAUUUUGAGAUGGAUGGCGAAGAUUUGACACCGGAAGAGAGAGAAGCGCUGCAAGCAAUCAAGAAGAAGAAGAUUCUGCUCAUCCAAGAGCAUAGGAUCAAGAAAAGCACUGCAGAAAGUCGGCCCACUGUUCCUAGGAAAUUUGACAAAGAGAGGAAGUUCACUUCUGAGAGAAUGGGCAGGCAGCUAUCAAGCUUGGGGAUCGAUCCUUCUCGAGCUAUCGAACGUGCUAGAAGCAGGUCGGUUUCCAGGAAAGGCCGGAAGAGAGAGAGGUCUGUUGAUAGGGAUGGCGAGGAUGGUAUGGAGAUUGAUGGUGGUUCAAGUAACAAGAAGCUGAGGCUGAGAUCGAUGUCAAGAUCGAGAUCGGUGUCUCGACCUCUUGGUGAGGUUGUUCCUGGAGAAGGAUUCAGAGAUUCUGCUCAGAAGAUGAAAGCUAUUACUAUGGCUAGGAAUGCUAGUAAGAAGAGGAAUAAGGAUGCUCGUCGUGGUGAGGCGGAUAGAGUCAUCCCGACUCUUCGACCCAAGCAUUUGUUCUCUGGGAAACGCUCCAUUGGGAAGACGGAUCGUCGUUGACCAAUACAAGGUUUGUCAGUUGCACUUGUUAUCCAUAAUGUCAGCUCGAUUCCUGUCAUUUUAUCAUUCCCUCGGACUGACAUGGAUUUGUCUUUUCUCCCUCUAUCGCAGGAACGUUUGGGUUGUGUAUCAUGUCAACAAGCAUUUGCUGCUGCAUUUGCAACCGAGGCCUGAUGUUGGUGAUGGUUAAGGUUUUUUGUUUUUGUUUUUGUUUCUUCUGCUGAGAAGUUUUGUGGAAUCAGAGGAGACUCUGAGAAAUUUUGUUGUACUUCUUGCUUGCUGUAUGUUUGUUCUUUGUUGUACUAUCAUAAACAGUCAUGUUGUGUUUUUGUUGAAUGAAGCUUUAAAGGGCAUUUCUUGAAAUAACGCCUAGUGUGCCUGAUAAAUGGAGUCUCUCUUGUCCAUAUUCACAAACAGGCUCUCCUGCUCGUUAAAGAUCCAAACUUUUUUUGUUCCUUACUCUUUGAACAGGAUCAGAACAGCAGGAAUUAGGCUUUACUUUCAUUAAAGCAACUACCUUUGUUCUUGAAACCCUAUCAUCAAUGUGCAACAGGGUAAUUGGUACUCGUUCUUCUGUCUGAUUGUUCAAUAAUCAAUAGUGAACACUUCUGACGCUAGAAAAUAUGAUUAAAGUAUAAUGAAGGGUUACCUUAAGCCUGGCAUUCACUAGUAAAAAGGACUUUGCAGCAGACUGCCGAGAACUUGGGUAUAAUUUAGUUGAGACUUACAAUUCGAAUGUAUGCAUGACCUAUUUAGAAUUCAUGUCUUCACAGCAUCUUAAACUUUCUGUAUAUGUUGAUGUUGCUGCUGCUUUACGUAUUUGGAAGUGUCCUUUAGCUCACUUGUAAUAACAGUACUAAUCGUAUACCUCACAGUGACAAUAGAACAUGGGACUAAUGGGGCAUUGAUUAACCAAUUUGACUCAAAUCUUUUGAGAUGAUUGUUUCACUUAAUUUGCAUAAGAAAAAGUAAGAGAAUAAUGGAGGAGAGGGCAAGAAAGGGUUAAUGUAUGGUGCUGGUUCCUUUCUUGUCAUAUGCAUUUUCCCCAAAAACCCAUCAAGUGCUCUGCUUAAUUGCAAAACCCAUAAAGUGUUCUUGUCCCUUAACUUUAUUUCCUCUUCAAUCACCUCUUUAAUCCAUGUUCAUAACCAUUCUUUCCACUCUGGUUUUUCUGCUUUAGCUCACUAGUUGAAGGCUCUGCCAUAAUUACUUUGUAUGGUGCUGAUGAACUGCUGAUGGAGAGUGGGGAAAUUCUUACACUAGGCACUCAUUUGUUGGACUUUGUCCCAUCAAAGUGCUCCUCUCUUAACUUUAUUACCAGAGAGUCACCUCCUUGAAUCAUGCUGAUCUCAGACAUGAAAAAAUGGGUGUCUCUUAACAAGAUUGCCUCUGCAGAUUCUAUCAUGUAGUACCCUCUCAAGAGAAAAUACUGGUUUUUGGUGGGCAAAUUGAGAGUUGAAGAAAAAUGUUAAGAGCCUCCUCUCCUCUCCUUUCCUUUCAAAGUUCUGUUGAUUACUUUGUGCAUGCAUUUCCUUUUGAUGCAAAAAGAUGUUUCCUUGUCGUCAUGUUGUGUAAUUAUUAGCCAUAUUUUGAAAGUGGUGGGGGAAAACUGGUGGUUUAGUAUGUAAAUCAAAGCACAUGGUUAGCUUAAUAACACCUUACACCAAUUAAUGGUAAUGGAUAAUAAAGGGUCUGUGCUGGAGAGGACUUCAGUUUGCUCUAAGUUUGUAUCUUGAGGUUAAUGAAUGGCUAAUUAGUUUGUUAGAAGUGGCAUUUGUGGAGAACAAAGAAAGAUGAAGAGUACUUGAGAGGGGGUGCCGAUUCGCUUAACAGAAAACGAAAGAAAAAAGGAAACCCGAAAGAAGCAUUUUCCUCAAUAUCGAAAUCGAAAUCAUUAAGGAACUUUUCGGUUUCAGUUGGAGUAAACCAAAAACUAAACAAAGUAGGUUACAAAAUUUCUACCUUAGGAAUCUGAAAUCUUAUUCGACCAAUUCAGUUUUUCAGUUUUGUCCUAAAUCGAUAUGGCCAAUUCGAUUCCAACCCGAUAGCACAAUCCGAUAAGACAAGACUAUCAUCGCUUUUUGACUUUCAGUAAACUAAAAAACGAACCGAACUUGCAGGCCUAAUACUUGCAAAUAGACUUCAACCAAUACUAGGAUUGCCAUAUUUGGAUGUAUGGUUUGGUAGUGACAUGGCGAUGAUCGCAUUCGUUAUAGUGUGAGCUCGAGUCUCGAAGCAGAUGACCAUUUACAAGAAUAUACGAAUCAGAAUGUCGACUGUGUAGCUCAUAAAGUUUAAUAUAUAUAUGUAUUUCUUAUCUAUGACGGAUGACGUGUUCUCAUGGCUAACACGAUUCUAAUAUAUAAGGUAUGUCCCUCUUUCGAAAAGAAUUUUACUUACCUCCUGAGAAAAAAAAGAGUUGCUUGAGAAGAUUGCUUGGACCAAAACCUACUUCUCAUGAUCCAAAGGAUAACAACAACAAAAAUCAAUCCUGACAAAUCAUCCACAACUUCAACAUGAUUACUAUUACGUUUGUCAUUCCAAACCAUUAAUAACAGAUUUGUACUAAAGAAAAUUUAAGUAAAUAGUUGAUCAAUUACCCGAUUAUUAGUCUAUGUAGUUGUCUUGAACCCAUAAUAUAUGGGCACAGAAAAAGCAUCAAUUAAUUACAAUUUUAUCAUGACCUUGCAUGGAUUCAAAUCCAAUAACAAAUUAUAUGCUAAAUAAUUAUGAAAAAAUAUCCAUUAUUUAUGAAAAAAAUACACAAAAAAAUAUGGUCCUUCCUCCUCUUCUCAUUGUCUCAUAUGCUUCAAUUAAAAAAAAAAGUACACUAUAAAGUGAUUGGAAAUGA